UUUUGUUUCUUUUGUCCGUCAAAAAUUCGCGUUUGUUGAGGUGGGUGCGGUUGGCAGCUUCGAGAGGAAGGGAGACAAACAACCGUUGAGAGUCUGGAAGAGUAGAAUCCAAACUUCAUAUUUUGCCCCAACUUACUCGGACGCCAUUAAAAAGGUCCUCAACUUUCUCUUGUCAAGGAAAACAAAUUUGUCGGUCUUCCACUGCCCCUUUUAGCUCUGUGUCCAUACCAUUUUCUGAAUUGUAUGGGAAUAAGGAAUCUUCUGAUACCAUCAUAGAGCAUGACUGAACAUCUGGGUAUAACCCGGCAGUUCACUUACAGAAGAGUGUUUGGAGUUUCAGCAGCAAUGAAGAAAGAUUUAUACAAUUUUUAAAAACUUGGUUUGACUAGGGAAGUGAGAAGUUCUUGAGAUGAAAAAAAGGAGUGGGAAUGCGGAUUCCCCGGACACGGUUCUUGAGGACUAUUUAAACGGUUUAGAAUACGAAACAGAUUCUUCAAAGAACAGCAAUCCUGAAUCGGAUGCUGAUAAAGAGACAAAGGGUACAUCAAAAUGGGGGGGCUUUGCUCAAAUGUUUAGUAGAACUAAGACGAAGCUGCAUUUGGGUAGGUUGGAUUCCCUUGCUUUUUUCAAACUUUCAAGAAGAUUGAGUAGUAGCACGAGGGAGACAGCUUGCAGUGCUUCUGAUCCUCCGCAUCAUUCUGCUAUGGGUGGCGAUUUCAACUGUUUCAAGCCUUAUUGGAGGAACUUUAGCCUCUCUGAACUCCAUAUUGCCACCAACUACUUUCACCAAGAAAACUUAAUCGGGAAAGGCGGUUAUGCUGAGGUGCACAGAGGGCGGUUGCGUGAUGGACAAUUCAUCGCGGUCAAACGUUUGACAAGAGGACAACCCGAAGAGAGAAUAGGAGAUUUCCUAUCUGAGAUUGGGAUAAUGGCUCAUGUCAACCAUCCCAAUACUGCUAAGUUGAUUGGGUAUGGGGUUGAAGGCGGAUAUUUUCUCAUACUUGAGUUAUCACCUCACGGAAGCCUAGCCUCUGUGAUUCAUGUUUCAAAGAAGAAACUGGAAUGGGACAUCCGGUAUAAGGUUGCGCUAGGCACCGCUAAAGGGAUACAAUAUCUCCAUGAGGGUUGUCAAAGGAGAAUAAUACAUAGAGAUAUUAAAGCCGCUAAUAUAUUGCUUACUGAUGACUUUGAGCCUCAGAUAUGUGAUUUUGGACUUGCAAAGUGGCUCCCGGAACGGUGGACUCAUAUCAAUGUCAUGAAGUUUGAAGGGACAUUUGGGUAUCUUGCGCCUGAGUUUCUAAUGCAUGGCAUAGUAGAUGAAAAAACAGACGUGUUUUCCUUUGGAGUGCUUCUUUUAGAGCUGAUUACUGGGCGUAGAGCUCUUGAUUACUCUCAACAGAGCCUUGUGAUUUGGGCAAAACCACUGCUAAAGAAGAACAAGAUCAGAGAGCUUGCCGAUGCAGCACUAGGUGACAACUACAGCUUGCUACAGAUGAAUCUCAUGGUGUUGGCUGCUUCUUUGUGUGUCCAACAAUCUCCAAUUAGGCGUCCUAAUAUCAGCCAGGUUCUGCAGCUUCUAAGAGGAAACUAUGAAAGUCUAGAUUUGAUCAGACGGUGUAGAAAGCCAUUACAGUGGAAGGCAUACUAUGAAGAACUGUUCAGUGCAGAAGGGUAUCACAAAAAGAGCAAUGUUAACUGUCACAGUCUGCAGGAACAGGUUGCUAUAGAAAUCCAGAAACACAUCCCACCCAGGAAAGAGCUGUAGAUUUCAUUUCCAGUUGUGUUGAUCUUCAUCUUCAUAUUCUGUCAAAAGGAAGGGUUUGAAUAUCACUUCUGCAGCAUCUCUUUUCAAGAGGUGACUAGAGUAAUUAUCUUUGGAUCCAUCGAUGACUGCCACAACUUCUUCAGGGUUCCAACCUGCUUUCUUUUGCUGCUGUAAUUAAUUUUGUUUCUUUCUAUAUCUAUGUUUUUAGUAUGUGUGAUAAUUUAUGUCUGUUAAAUAUGACGUAGCACUUUAAAAUAUUGGUAGUCCUAAAUAUAUUAUGAAGAUUAUCGCAUGAGUAAAGAAAAGAGAGAAACAUAAAAGAAAGGAAAAAUUGCUUUGAGUGUAUUUUUUAAUAAUACUAAACUCUCUCG